CCAUGUGAGAUGUAAACAUUGGAAUGAUGUGUCUUAAGAAAUUGAACAUGGCCUUGUCUUUUAUCGAAAGAUGGUUUUCACAGGUGCCAUGGUCAUAAAUAUCCCAGCCUAUAAUCUGUAGAGAGAGAAAUGUAUGGCUUUGUCAGGCGAGACAUCCAUAGUUCCGUGUACAAGGCUGUGUCUAAAUACCUGGUGGAUAAUGACGAAGACUGGAGAAAACUGCCCUCCAAUGUAGCCAGCUUCCAUCUUAUGUUUGGUGAAAGAAAUAAACUCCAGUUUGGAAGACUUGGUCAUGAACCAGGACUUACACAGUUGGUGAAUUAUUACAGGGGAUCAGAUGUCAUUUGCAGAAAAACUGCCUUAGUAAGAGUCUUCAAGCAGUUUUACACCACAUCGGCAAAACCCAUACCAAAAUGGCUGCCAGAGUCUUUCAUAGUUUGUCCUAAAGAUAUUGCAAAAAACAUGGAGUCUGCUCCACCCACUGCUCAUCCCGUACGCAGGCGAGUGUCCAAACCAGACGAGAGAAAAGAAUUAAAGGAACGGUCACUAGUUCUGUCUAGAGAAAGUAAAAAACCAGUUGUCUGGAUAGCCAAAUCUUCCUCAGGCUCAAAAGGAGAGGGGAUAAAAAUAUCUCCAGAUGUAUCUGAGCUGAUUAAAUUUGUUGAUCAACAAACACAAGCUUUUGUUAUCCAGAGAUACAUAGAUAAUCCAUUACUUCUGGAAGAGGAUCGUAAAUUUGAUAUAAGAUGUUGGGUUUUGCUGGAUGCUAGCUACAAUGUGUACGUGUUUGAGGAUGGAGUCUUACGCACAGCUUCAGAGAGUUACCAACGGGAAAAUCUUGAUGACAUCACCAGCCAUCUAACCAAUCACUGUCUACAAAAAGAUCUAUCAGCAAACUUCGGAAUGUAUGAGGAGGGCAAUGAAAUGUUCUUUCCUGCCUUUAACAGAUACCUGCGGUCAAAGUUUGGAGUGUCAUUAGAUACCGCCAUUUUGCCUCAGAUUAAGGAAAUUGUAAAGACUGUGUUCAAAAUAGUGAAAGAGAGAAUUUCAACAAACUUCCUCGGGUACCAAAGUUUUCAGCUGUUUGGUUUUGAUUUCAUCGUGGAUGAUGAAAUGAUGGUACACCUUAUAGAAAUCAAUGGAGCCCCUGCCUGUGCAAAAAAGCUUCUGCCCGAUCUAGUGAGAAGUCUGGUUAUUACUGCUAUAGAUCCUGCCUUCCCCACCCACAAACUCCACACCCGGGGUUAUAAUGGUUUCCACAAAAUAUAGAGGGAAUUAUAAUAUGGCUACUUUAAUUAUUUGGAUACUGUCAGAUUUUGUUAUUUUGAAGUGGAUGGGAUUAAGAACUUUGAGAAAUUCUAGGACUAAGGUUCAAGAUCUUCAGAGUGAUAUUUGAAGAAGAGGUUAUUUGCACUUCUAGUUUACUUAAAGAUAUAUAUUCAUAUUUUUUUAAAUAUUCAUGUUUGAAAUAUCACAAAAGCACAUUUUACUUAUUUAUUCUUAUAUACACAAUAAAUACUGCUGUUGUGAUUUCAUCAUCAUAUUUAAGCUUAUAUGUGUAUUGUUUUUAUUUUAAGAAGAGAAUAAUGAUUUUAAUUUAGAAUAUAUAUAAUGUAUAAGGUAACCUGAUUUUAAGUUUAAGUAUACACUUAAAAGUCAAAUAAUUAUUUGCUGUUGAUCAUGGUAUUAGCUAAAGUAGCAAUACAUUUUGUGUACUAGCAACUCUAGGCCUUUUCAUUUAACUGUUUAUUUUCAGAAGUGCCAUAAUAUUAUUUUUUAAAAUAAUACAUUGUUCAUUAUGUGCAAGUUAGUAAGUACUAAUUAAUUUGCUUAGCCCCCCCCCUUUUUUUUUGCAAAUAUAUACAUAAUAUAGGCAUUGAAAACUGGAGUUUCUCUUUUUUGUUGGUUUAGGGCCCCCCCCCCCUUUCACUUUCAAUUUGUUUCUGAUGCCUACGUGCAAGUUAAUUCUUGAAGCUUUAUAUGUGUAUAAUAGACCAAAUUUAUAUUAUCAAUCAUGUAUUAUUGCUUAUUAUGUGCAUGUUCUGAACUAUCUGAUGUGCCACAAGGCAUAAAGAAAUAAAAUAGCAAUAAAUUAAUUUGACUGCA